AUGAUUCUAGGCGUACAACGCGUGGGCAUGUGCACACCAUGGCUGCAAGCCUUCCCCCAGACCGCGAAACCCAUCCUCGAGGAGAUUGACGAAACCCUUCAACUCCCCCUUACCAAGACAAUCGAGUCUGGCACGAAUGCCGAGCUAACACGAACCGAGAACGCGCAACCGGCCAUCAUGGCGACCUCGAUCCUGAUACUGCGGAUACUGGAGAAGGAGUUUGGCUUCAAGACCAGCGAGCGCGUCGACAUCACACUGGGCCACUCGCUAGGCGAAUUCGCAGCCCUAGUAGCAGGAGGCUACCUCACCUUCCACGACGCCCUAAAGAUGGUGCGGCGACGAGCCGAAGUAAUGAGCAAAUGCAGCCAAGAAGCCGUCGCAGAGGAAGGCGGCGAGUUCGGCAUGGUCGCCCUCGUCUGCGAAUCCGAGGAGCACAUGCAGUCCCUCAUCAACGGCAUCCACGAGUUCCUCGCCCUAGGCUCCAAAGCCGAUUCCCACGACCACCUCCCCGCCGUCCAGCAAGUCGCCAUCGCAAACCUCAACUCGAAGAACCAAAUCGUCCUCAGCGGCAGCAUUACACGCAUCAGCACGCUCCUGACCAACCUGCGCCAGUUCGGCGGCCAUGACCCCCGCCACGUCCGUCUAAAAUCCGACGCCCCCUUCCACAGCCUCCUCAUGAAACCCGCGGCCGAAACAAUGAAACGCAUCCUGCACAAGCCCACCGAAGACGGCCGCGAUAUCAUAACAUGGCCGGGCAUCAUGCCCUGCAUCUCAAAUGUGUCCGGCAAGCCCUUCCAAGACAAAGAGCAGUUGAAAGACUUGUUAGCGCGGAGUUGUGUGGAGACGGUGCAGUGGUGGAAGAGCGUCAAAUAUCUGCACGAGCAAGAGAGGAUUAUGCGAUAUGUGGGUAUUGGACCCGGGAAGGUGGGCAGGAAUCUGGUGGGCAAGGAGGUGGGCAUGAAGGGAGCUGUUAAGGGGGGUGGGGUUUGGGGGAUUACGAGUCCGAAGGAGAUGGAGGAUGUGGUUAGGGCGUUGGAUGAUACGGAGGAUGUGGAUGGGAUUGAGGUUGAGUGA